UCUUAACCCUAUCCGUCGGAGCGGGAGCAGGCUGGUCUUGAGCGCGCGCUCCGGGAUCACCGCGUGCUCGCGCACGUACGCCGUCGACUGGCUGCUGACGAGUAUAAUCUGGCUGCCGCGAGCCCGGUCCGGGAUAAAAGCCGACCGCCGCGCCUUCAGAGUGUCAACCGCGCGCGCUGCUCCCUCUCUAACGGUUUUUCUUUUUUAAAGCUCUUUAUAUAAAUAAAUAAAAAACACCGCCAUUAUGCUGCUGACGGCGAGUCAAGUCAUCAGGAAAUUCUCCACGUCCUCCCGUUAUUACCAGAAGAAGCUGAAAUUAGCCAUCAUUGGUCAGAGCGUCUUCGGUCAGGAGGUGUACAGCAGCCUGAGGAAGCAGGGCCACAAAGUCGUGGGGGUGUUCACGGUCCCUGACAAAGACGGCAAAGCGGACCCCCUUGGUGAGCUUUCCCCGCUUUUAUUCUCACCCCUUCCAGUGGAUUUGGAGAAACAACUGGAUUAGAAGGGUUUGAUUUAUUCCGGUCCUUCAGCUUCCUCUUCCUCUUUAGUUCAGUGAAGAGUUUCUCUGUAAAACUGUCUUAAACAUUUCAUUAACACUUUAGACGAGGUGCUGCAAAACAGUCAAGAUAAUGUUGACAGAAAUUAUUAAUAUAUUGAGCAGUUUAUUAAUAUGGCCUUUGUAGAUA